AUGUCUAUCAUAAACAUUCUUCACAUGAAUCAUGGUGACGGUGAAAAGAGCUACGCCAUGAAUUCAACUAUUCAGAUGAGGUUCAUGAGUAAGACGCUGUCCAUUGUGAAGGAUACUAUCAACGACAUGUUUGCGAAUCAUUUCCCAUCAUUUGAAACACUGGAGAGUUUUAAGAUUGCGGAUAUUGGAUGUGCCUCAGGCCCCAACACCCUUCUAUUAGUGUCAGAAGUUAUCGACACUAUCUAUAACCUGUCCAACCAAAACCAAAACAAAUCCCUAGAGAUAUCGAUCGUGUUGAAUGAUUUGCACAAAAACGACUUCAACAACAUCUUUCGUGCACUCCCAUCAUUUUACGACCGACUAAAAGAGAAACAUGGAUAUGAAUUUAGUCAAAAGUGCUUCAUUUCUGGAGUGGCAUCAUCAUUUUAUGAGAGGUUGCUACCCUGCAAAAGUUUGCAUUUUGUACACUCUUCUAGUAGCCUUCAUUGGCUUUCCCAGGUGCCAAACAAUCUAGAGAACAAAGGACACAUUUACAUGGCAAGAGAUUGUCUUCCUAAUGUGUUUGAGGCUUAUAAGAAUCAAUUUUAUAAGGACUUCUCCACAUUUCUUAACAAAAGAUCCCAUGAAACUUUGCCAUCAGGUAGAAUGAUCCUUACACUUAUGGGAAGGAGCAUUCCAGAACCAUCAAGCAAUGAUUGUUGUUGCAUUUGGGAAUUACUAGCCCAGUCACUUCUAGAUGUGGUUUCUCAGGGACUCAUUCAAAAGGAAGAUGUUGAUUCAUUUAAUUUACCUCUAUAUACUCCUUACACUGAUGAAGUCAAGGAAAUCAUUAUGAAAGAGAAGUCUUUUGAUCUUAAAAAGAUGGAGAUUUUCAAAUAUAAUUGGGAUCAUGAUGAUAAUGAUGAUAAAAAGAAGAGUGGAGAAAUUGUAGCCAAUUUUGUUAGAGCAGUUACACAACCGAUGUUGGUGACCCAUUUUGGGGAGCUCUUCUUAAACAAUGUCUUCAACCGAUAUGAAGAGCGCGUAGCUGAUCAUGUUCUUAAAACAGAGAAAACAAAGUUUAUAAUUCUCACCAUCUGCCUUAGGAAGAAAUAA